AUGCACUAUCUUCAUCCCCUUUAAAGAGAGAGAGAACCACAUUUGAGUUGAGUUGACUCACCCUUUCGUUUCUUCUCUCCUUUUACUCGGUGCUCUCUUCAUCAUCUUCCUUCUUUAAACAACUCCAAAGAGAGAAGAAAAGAAUACAAGAAAAACCAAACUCUAUCUUUAUUAUAUAGUUUUUGACUUUUUUGAGUGUAAGAUAUGACGGUGGAGCUAAUGAUGAGCAGCAGCUACGGUGCCGGCAGAGUCAAACGAGAAGACGGUGGCUUAUCUGCUGAGAAAGAAGACACAGCCUUAAAAGAAGCUGCUUCUGCUGGUAUCCACGGCGUUGAGGAGCUUCUUAAACUAAUCGGUCAAAGUCAACAGACGGAGGAGAAAAAAACCGAGAUAACGGCUGUGACUGACGUCGCCGUUAACAGUUUCAAAAAAGUGAUAUCUCUCCUCGGUAGAUCUACAACCGGACACGCUAGGUUCAGACGAGGUCCCCUGAGGACAACAACAAAACCAGAAGAAGAAGAAGUUGUGAAGACAGAGAAGAAGCCAACAACAGCAACAGUCGUGUUGAACGGACAGACAACAGAGAAGCACGGUGGAUCUGCGUUUAGAGUUUACUGUCCGACUCCGAUACAUCGACGUCCUCCUCUAUCACACAACCACACUCAGACAAAGAACGGUUCUUCUAUGUCUGCUCCGUUAGGAAGACCAAACCAAGAACCACCUUCUUCGACGAUACACUUCGCACCGUCCCCACCGGUGUCUUCUCAUAGAUGUGAGAGCGAGAGUAACCAUGUGUCGUCAGGAUUCGAGUUCACUAACCCAUCGUCUCAGUUCUCGGGUUCGAGGGGUAAGCCUCCUUUAUCAUCAGCUUCGUUGAAGAGAAAGUGUAGUUCAUCCCCCUCAGGGCGUUGCCAUUGUUCUAAGAAAAGAAAAUCUAGAGUGAAGAGAGAAGUUAGAGUUCCUGCUGUAAGCAGCAAGAUGGCUGAUAUUCCAUCAGAUGAGUAUUCAUGGAGAAAAUACGGUCAAAAACCCAUCAAAGGCUCUCCUCAUCCUCGGUUAGUUUCUAAUUUAGUUUUUUAUUUUAUUUCAUUUGUUGGGAUACUAAAAAGCGUUUUAGACAGUUGUUUUAGACUGUCUCUAGGCGUUAAACUCUAUAAAGUAGAAAGUAGUAAACUCUUCAAAAACGUGAUUAAUCACUUUCUAAACCGUAUAAAAAUUGCUAUACUAUCUUAAUAUAUUGUUGUA